GGUCUUGAAAUAGAUGUUAAGAAACCAGGUAAUGGAGUAUAUCCAAAGAAAGGAGACGUAGUCGUUGUUCACUAUGUUGGCAAGUUGACCAAUGGUACAGUGUUUGAUCGAUCACCAAAGUCCUAUCCCUUCAAGUUCAGAUUGGGUCUUGGAGAAGUCAUCCAAGGAUGGGAUGACGGUAUUGCUCAGAUGAGCAUUGGUGAGGUUGCCGUGCUCACAAUGACAGGAGAUCUGGCCUAUGGUGAAGAGGGCAGUGAGCCAGAUAUCCCUCCAAAUGCUACUUUGGUCUUUGAAGUGGAGUUGCUUGCCUCC